GGCAUAAUCUCAAACGAUGGCGAGCGAGCUCAAGGUGUACACGGAAGCCGACGUCGCGGCCCACAAGACGGCAGACGACUGCUGGAUCAUCCUUGGCGAGGAUGGCUCCAAGAAGGUGUACGAUAUCACCAAGUACCUGGACGACCACCCCGGCGGUCCUGAGAUCGUGCUUGACGUGGCUGGCAAGGAUGCCAAUGAAGAGUUCGAAGACAUCGGGCAUUCGUUGGACGCGCGCAAGGUGUUGGAGAAGUACUUGAUUGGUACGUUGAAGGAAAGCGAAGAGAAGAAGAAGAAGGCCGCGAAGAAGAAGGCGGAGAAGGCGUCGCCGAGCAGCGGUGGCGGCAACAACGUCCUCAUGGUCGUGUCUGUGUUGGCCGUUGUUGCUGCGUUGUACUACCAGUACGUUUUGGCUCCCGCCAAGUCGGCGGCGAAGGGCGGCAAUUAAAUUUCAACUAGACGUGCCAAUAACUUACUUUCCCAUAGCAUGCAUUCUCACCCGUGCGAUGGUGUGCCAUGGCAUCCUGUUCCU